ACGCAGCGGGCGGGUGACGCAGGGCGGGCAGCGCCGCGCUCCGUGCGCCUCCGGGGCCUGAGGCGGCCGUUGUUCACGUUCCCCUCGGGGCGCUCGUAGGCCGCGGCCCGCGCCGGGGGGGGCCCCAUGUGAGAGGCGGCCGUCGAGGGGGGCGGCCGGGCGCACCGCGACCCGCCAGUGCCACGGGAGAAAAUGACAUCGCGGAGAUGGUUUCAUCCAAAUAUUACUGGGGUGGAGGCAGAAAACCUACUGUUAACAAGAGGAGUUGAUGGCAGUUUUUUGGCACGACCCAGCAAAAGUAACCCAGGAGACUUCACACUCUCCGUUAGACGAACUGGAGCUGUCACCCACAUCAAGAUCCAGAACACAGGAGACUACUAUGACCUCUAUGGAGGAGAGAAGUUUGCUACCUUGGCUGAGUUAGUCCAGUAUUACAUGGAACAUCAUGGACAGCUCAAGGAAAAGAAUGGAGAUGUUAUAGAGUUGAAAUAUCCACUGAACUGUGCUGAUCCUACGUCUGAAAGGUGGUUUCAUGGGCAUCUCUCUGGAAGAGAAGCAGAAAAACUAUUAACAGAAAAAGGAAAACAUGGAAGCUUUCUUGUGCGUGAGAGUCAAAGCCACCCUGGGGACUUUGUUCUUUCUGUCCGGACAGGAGAUGAUAAAGGAGAGAGUAAUGAUGGGAAAUCUAAAGUGACACAUGUCAUGAUUCACUGCCAGGAUCUAAAAUACGAUGUUGGUGGAGGGGAGAAAUUUGACUCUCUGACAGAUCUAGUGGAACAUUACAAGAAGAACCCUAUGGUAGAAACUUUGGGCACAGUAUUGCAACUCAAGCAGCCACUGAAUACUACCCGUAUUAAUGCUGCAGAGAUUGAAAGCAGAGUGCGAGAGCUAAGCAAGCUAGCAGAGACCACAGAUAAAGUCAAGCAGGGCUUCUGGGAGGAAUUUGAGACUUUACAGCAGCAAGAAUGCAAACUUCUCUAUAGUCGUAAAGAAGGUCAGCGUCAAGAAAACAAAAACAAAAAUAGAUACAAAAACAUUUUACCCUUUGAUCAUACCAGAGUUGUUCUACAUGACGGUGAUCCAAAUGAACCUGUUUCAGACUAUAUCAAUGCUAAUAUUAUUAUGCCUGAGUUUGAAACCAAGUGCAACAACUCGAAGCCAAAAAAAAGCUACAUUGCUACUCAAGGUUGCCUCCAGAAUACAGUGAAUGAUUUUUGGAGGAUGGUGUUCCAGGAGAAUUCUCGAGUUAUUGUUAUGACAACAAAAGAAGUUGAAAGAGGAAAGAGUAAGUGUGUCAAGUACUGGCCUGAUGAGUAUUCCCUAAAGGAGUACGGUGUUAUGCGCGUUAGGAACGUUAAGGAGAGUGCAGCACAUGAUUACACACUAAGAGAACUUAAGCUUUCUAAAGUUGGGCAAGGGAACACAGAGAGAACAGUCUGGCAAUAUCACUUCAGAACUUGGCCUGAUCAUGGAGUCCCAAGUGACCCUGGUGGUGUUCUAGACUUUCUUGAGGAGGUGCACCAUAAGCAGGAGAGCAUUUCUGAUGCAGGACCGGUCGUGGUCCACUGCAGUGCUGGGAUUGGACGAACAGGAACUUUCAUUGUGAUUGAUAUUCUUAUUGACAUAAUCAGAGAAAAAGGUGUGGACUGUGAUAUUGAUGUUCCAAAGACCAUUCAGAUGGUGAGAUCACAACGGUCAGGAAUGGUUCAGACAGAAGCACAGUACAGAUUUAUUUACAUGGCAGUACAGCACUACAUUGAAACGCUUCAGCGCAGAAUUGAAGAAGAGCAGGAUUUCAGUAUCUCUCCUUCUGCAGCUGGCUUCCAGCUCGGAAGGAGACAAACCCAGACAACAGCUGAGGCAGAUGUGGGAGCUGCAUGGUUAGCGCAGUGCCAGAUGCACUGUUCAGCAGAGAGGAUAGAGACUUUAUUCCUCUUCCCAGGACAGCUGUUCUGUGCUCUGAUGGUGAUUACACACAAACUGAAGAACAAGAAAUCCCUCAGAAGAGUAAGAGAAAAGGUCACGAAUACACAAACAUUAAAUAUUCUUUAUCGGACCAGACAAGUGGGGAUCAGAGCCCUCUUCCACCCUGUACCCCAACCCCAACAUGUCCAGAAAUGAGAGAAGAUAGUGCUAGAGUAUAUGAAAAUGUGGGGCUGAUGCAACAGCAGAAAAGUUUCAGAUGAGAAGAUGUACAGAGACUUCCAUGCAGAGGCAGGCAUUUAAAUUCCAGAAGCUAAUUUUGGUUGAGUUGCAUCUAUGGCUACCCUUUCAAACCAACGUGGAAUAUUAGCGUGGCAGUUUGGCCUUUGUUCUCAUGCCCUGACUCACCGGUGACAGAAGUUGGAAGUCUUUAUUCAGGAGACUGAAAUUCUGCGUGCUAGUGACAGAUGAGUGGCAGCUACAGUCUGAGCUUUCCAUGUCUUUUAAAAGUGAUUUUUGCUCCUGGUUGAUGAUAAGGACUUGUGUGCAUCUACAGAGAUUCAAAGAACACUUCAGUUCAUGCUCGGCUUCAUAAAAGAUGCGAUGAGCAAAGUUACUGCUGUGCCUGUGUGGUAAAUGAAUAUGGUUUUUAAAAAGGUCAAGAAAGAGGUGGAAGAAGCUUCACAUGAACGGUGAACUCUGAGGGCUUGGUACCUUUUUAUUUACGGUUUUAAUCCUUCAACAGUAGGCAAAACUUAAGACCAUCUAAAGAUUGUUUAUAUCUCUUCUCUCCGAUACCUGAUUUACAAUUGCUCAUUUUCCAAAUAAAAGGAAAUCCUUUCUACAAUGUAGACAACUACAUUGUAGAGUCAGUUUUGAAUCCUGCAAACUGUUGGACUGUCAUCCAUUUGUUUUUUAAAUAGUGUUUUUGUUUCACAGUAUGGCUAUUAGUUGGGGUUUUUUUCUUAUUUGAGCAGUUGUGGGAUUUUAUCUUUUUUUGGGGGGGAGUGGGUGGGGUAGGGGGGUGGGAGAGCAAUGAUGCAGAUAAAUCCGUUACACUAAUGUAAAAUACUGAUGGGAACAAUACUUGAUUGUUUGAAAACAGUGGAUCACCAGCGUGAAUAGAAUCAGCUACAUGAUAAAAUUAGUCCUAAUACAUUUCAAACUCGGACCGAGUUUCAUAGGAGUGAGCGGUUAUUGAUAUGAAGGUGCUUUUUGUGAUAACUGAUGGCUUUGAUUACGACUUAGCUGAGUGGCUGGGCGGGCUAUUUUUGAGUAAUUAUGCAAGGUAGCCUUUACAUCAAACAAUUUCUUUUACGUGAUCUCUACCCAAAAUAGAAAUUUAUUGUAUCUCUCAAAAGACACAGUGGCCAUGGGGUUUGUGAGGACGCUGUCUAUGUUAAUUUGUCUGUGUUCGUCUAUUAAGCAAGAGACUGAACUUGUAGAGUUAAGGUAUUUUAAAAAGUUGCAUGACGACACCUAGUCAGCAUACUAAAAGCAGUGGAAAAAAGUAACCCACCGUGCAGGCUGUUACCUUGGUGUAAGGUAACCCUCUUCCCCUUCUGCUGGGGAGGUGGAAGCUGUUGAGCCUUCUGGUUUUGUAGUAAGGCCUUAUGCUAGCGUAAGUGGCUAAAUUAAAGUUGUGUGGGGAAAGCAACGCAUGGAAGCUAGCUAUCCACUGAAAUUGCCUUAGCUGGAAGGGGCAGCACAGGCAGCAAGGCCAGCAGGCUGGUUCUGCUUCAUUUCAUCAGGCAGGAGUUUGUUACCGUUCUACCUGAAGUGCCUUUCAGAGCUGCAUUGAAUUUGCUGUCCCUAUUCGAUUAAUAAAAAAAAAAAAAAAAAAAAAUCACGUCCAUCUGAAACCACUUCUGAUUGUUGUCAAUGAGACAAAGUCCUCUUCUAGAGGCUGUAGAACGAAGAACUGUGGUUAAGCUGCCGGUUAAUUGGGUUUCUUCACUUUGCUCUGUCCAGUUAUCUGGACCGGAAGCUCCCCUUGAAGCCAUUAGCAGCUGCGCACGCGUUCCUGGCAGGGGUACCGGUGGGGUCUUACCAAGGGCUUUCCCCACGCUGCCAGGGAAGUUCUCUGACUUAAGUGGUGGUGAGGAGUUAUUGCCGUUUUCAGCAGGUGCAGAUGGUGAAUGCUGCAUUAAAUUGCUGUACGCAAGGGUGCAGGGCCAGUGGAAUUGUGUUAUUGGUCUUACUCAUGAAAUUAUGCUAAAGCCUGGAAUGUAAUUAAUGCAGCUUUGUGAAAGGUUAAGUGGGAGAUUACAUUACCUUUUCCUGAGAGUGCUUUGCAAAAUCAAAUAUUUGAACACUUUGUUUGAACUGAAUGAAGGUGCUUCUUUAAUGUUAAGCAGAAUUUUGUUACUUUGCCUAUUGUCCUUUUUGUCUUUUGAGGUUUUGGGGUUUGUUUUUUGGUUUGGGGUGGGGUUUUUGGGGGGUUUUUUUGUUUGGUUGGGUUUUGGUUGUGUUGGGUUUUUGGUUUUUUUUUUUUUUGAACUCCUGUCACCAGCAUACCAGAUUAGGUGUUUUAAUGUCAUAGCCUUAUACUCUAGUCGUAAAUACUUGUGCCCUUUUUAGAUCUAAAAUUUCUAGUAAUGAUGAGAGAGAAAUCUAUUCAUUUGGUAGUGAGAUACGUAUUCUACAUCGCCUGCUUCCUCUCCUGUCCCUAUUCACAGCUUCGUCCUGCUGAACGGGGAUCGGUUGUAAGUGUUGGUAUUUGUAUAGAGCAAUUGACAGCAAUUAAAUAUUUGUCUAAAACUUUGUGUGGAGUUAGACAAAUUCUACGCUUCAUACGUUAUAGCAAGGUGGGACGCAUGCUCAGGUUUGGAGCUGUUCUGCACCAAACUGAAAAGUCAGGGGAAAAGUAAAUAGAAAUGAGAGAAGGAUCCUGAAUGAAUCCGAACUGUUAGGAACUCAGUUAAUAAUAUGAUGUGUCUUAAAAGAUUGACCUGUGUAAGCAGCAAUCAGUUACAUGGCCAAUGUAAAGUUGCCUCUUAUGACCUCAUUUUAGCUGUUUAGAACCUGCCGCUGUAGGAUUUUUUUUUUUUUUUCUUGGAACCAGGGAAUCCUUACUGCAGAAUGUGUAUUAAUCCCAGGGAGCUUAUGGUGGAAGAAUGUCAAUGAGGGGGGAACAGAAUCUGAAAGAUUGUGAAUAAAUACUCCUCUCAACUGGAGUGUUAGGCCCUGCUGAAUACCAAAGGGGAGACCUUGCAAAAUAAAAUCUGUCUGCCUUUCAUGCACCGGCAAGAGCGGGAUGAUUCUUAACAGAUUUUUUUUAAAUUAUUUUGAACAAUGGCUGGGGUUUAUGACAGAUGAAGCAAGAAAGAGAAAUGUCCUUUGGUUCAGGGGAGAUAAGUGAAUGUUGGUUUUAUGUAUUUCUAGUGAGUUUUUAGAGAAUAGAUUUUAAGCAUUGAUUUCCAAGCUUUCGCUGUAUCAUUGGAAUGGAAAAGGGAUGCAGUUCUGUUCUGUUGUAGAAGACUUUAUACCACAAGGGAAACUUUAACCCAACUCCUAAGGCACAAUAAUUUAUGCCAGCAUGAAUUUGCUGCAGAUUUCAUCUGAAUGUUUUAUAGCAUACACUUUAAUUUCAGCUAACUGUUGUUAGGACUGAUUGGUUCUCCUAUUAAUCCUGACCAGACUUUACUAUUUCCUCUUCAGAUAUGUGUUGGAAACACGAUUAACUAGGAUAUGGCUAACGAAGUUUUAAAACCUGUUUCCUUUUUUGUUGUAGGGACGGGAAAAAUCACAGCUGGUACUAGGAUGUGUUGUCAGGUUUUGAGUUUCUACCCAUAACUUCAUUAUUUCAAAUUAAUUUUUAAUUUCUCCCUUUUAAAUAGUGAAACCUAAUUAAUAAUUUCAAGCCUGUUUGUUUAUUUAUGACAUUAUUGUGAUUUUUUUUUUUUAUUACAGUACUAAAGACUAAUGAAAAAGGAUCCUCUUAUUAGGUGGAGUAGACCUUGCAUUUUUUUUUUUUCCUGCAAUGUAUGAAGUAUUGUACCAGAGUAUUAAAUGAAAUGUAAUAUUUUAUUGAAAAAUCUCUAUCCUUUAAAAGGAAUACAUUUAGGAUGUCAUCAAUUUGAUGUGAACCAUGUAAAUGUUGAUAAUGCGCUGUUUAUUAUACAUCUAGUGUUUCAAGAGACUCACUUAUUGCCUUUUGCCCACAUACAUUCUGUAGACCAUUUACAAUUGUCAAAAUGUGACAUUAAAAUAAUAGUUCAUGUAUAGAAA